GCGCCUCUUCUUCUUACUCGUCUACUUUAUCGCUCGCGGGGGGCGAACCUACUCGGCCUUCAUCGCGCUCGCCUCGUCCCAGAGGUUCUGGAAGAGGAGCGUCGACAGGUAGCGCUCGCCGAAGGACGGGAUGAUGACGACGAUGCGCUUGCCCGCGUUCUCGGCGCGCUCGCCGACGAUCUUCGCCGCGAGGACGGCGGCGCCCGACGAGAUGCCGCAGAAGAUGCCCUCCUCCUUGGCGAGGCCGCGCGCCAUGGCGAUCGCGUCCUCGCUCGAGAUCUGCACGACCUCGUCGAUGAGCGACGUGUCGGCGUUGCCCGGGAUGAAGCCCGCGCCGAUGCCCUGGAUCUUGUGCGGGCCCGGCGAGCCGCCGCUCAGGACGGGCGACUCCGUCGGCUCGACCGCGACGACCUUGAGCGAGGGCUUGAGGGGCUUGAGGUACUGGGCGCUGCCCGUGAGCGUGCCCCCCGUGCCCACGCCGCCGAGCAAAAUGUCGAGCGCGCCGUCCGUGUCGGCCCAGAUCUCCGGGCCCGUCGUCUCGCGGUGGACCUUCGGGUUGUCCGGGUUGUUGAACUGCUGGAGCAGGUAGCCCUUGUCGCCGAGGUCCGCGGCGAUGUCUUCCGCCUUCUUCACGGCGCCGCCCAUGCCCUUCGCGGCGGGCGUCAGGACCAGGUCGGCGCCGAACGCCUUGAGCAGCACGCGGCGCUCCAUGGACAUGGACUCGGGCAUGGUCAGGACAAUAUCAUACCCCUUGGACGCGGCGACCAUGGCGAGCGCGAUGCCCGUGUUGCCCGACGUCGGCUCGACGAGCGUCGUUCUGCCGGGCGCGAUGUCGCCGCGGUCCUCGGCCUCGCGGAUCAUGCUCAGCCCGAUGCGGUCCUUGACGCUGUUGCAGGGCUCCAUGGACUCGAGCUUGACCACGAUCUCGGCCUUGCAGUCGGGGCCGACGACGCGCCGCAACCGGCAGAGGGGCGUGCCGCCGAUGAGCUGCGUGAUGUCGUCGGCGAUCUUCGGGCGCUCGUGGAGCUUUGUUGUCGCCGCCGGCCGCGCGGCCGGCGCGAAUGCGCUGACCGUCGCCGCGAGGGCGAGUAGGAGCGUGCGCAUGCUGCUGGAGGCCAGGGGUGCACUGCGGUGUUUUGCUCCCGCAGCGCGUUCAAGAGCAGCGAUUCUUUGCAAAAGGGAAGGCUAGCGCCGCGGCGUUGUCUGGCCCGCGUUACGUACUUACGCCCUGGAGGCUGUGAGUGCAGCUUCUCCGUCGAGGAGUAACC